CAGUAUACUGUUAAUGCAAACAAAAUGGUUCACGGAAAAUAAGUUGUUAUUACAUUGGCAAAAGGCAGACAUUAUUUUGCGGCUCAUCGAUGCGUAGUGUGUUAGUUUAUCUCAAACCGCCUUUCAUUUACGAUCAUUAAAGUUUUAUCAUAUAAUAGAAAAUGAAGAGCUAUAUACGAAGAUUGGAACUUGUUAAAAGUGCAUGUUUUUGAUGCAAGAUUUACAAUGUAAAUACAAGUAUUUCUUGGAUUAAUUUUAAGGUACCAUUUGUCGAAAUAAGACGUAUCUAAGUGACCGACGGUGAGUGCUAAACAAUUGGACGCUGGGUUUAAGAUUUAUUUAUUGAACUGUUUGUAAAAAUACAAACAUUAAUUACCGGAAAAGUAUGAUCAGUUUGAAGAGCGGGGCAAUUGAAAUGCUAAAAUAAUAAAGCAGAAAUCCAUUAUUGAUAUAAUUUUAGACAAAAAUGGGAAGGAGAGGACCGAAGAAAAAAAGAUUGUUACAAACGCAGGUUGAUGCCACCAGGAAACGACCGGCGGAGGAAAACUUGGAGUCUCAUAAGUCUGGUGGAAUAAAACUGAUAAAUAUCAAUUCACAAAGAAAGAAAACAACAUCUGUACAUAAAAACAUAAAUCAAAACGGAUCUACAACAAAUUCUGAUGAUAUAUUUCCUCAGUGGCUGCCAUGGAUAUUGUUACCAUUAACAUUAACUUUGAGGAUUUUGUACGUACUGGAGCCGACGAAUUGGUGGAUAUUACAUCCCGACGAAAUAUUUCAGACAAUAGAAGUCGCACAUUCAGAUGUUUUUGGAUAUGGCUUUCGGCCUUACGAAUAUUUGCCCCCGCCAAGUGAUGAUGCCCUGAACUCUACAGCAAUGUCUGCUGCACAUGCACAAGAAAUUCAUUUUGGGAUGUAUAGUCUAAGAUCUUUUAUACUUCCAAAAUUUGUUUCCGUUGUAAUGAUAUCAGCUAAUAUGUGUGGGAUCAACACUUCACCAUAUUUAAUCGUCAAGAUAUUCCAUGUGACAGUUACAUCUCUUCUACCAGUGGUCGUCUUUCAGUUUAGUCGGAUUUUACACCAUUCCAGGGACAUUGGAUGUCUUUCUGCUAUAUUAGUUAGUUCUUCAUUGUCCUUGAAUAUAUUUGGAACACAUACUUUAAUCAACAGCUUUCUAGCACCAUUCGUCUUUCUGGUUUUGAUUCCUUUAAUCAGAUUAAUGACAUCCUUGGAGAAACACGGCGUCCAAGAAUUGAAACAAUCAGAGCUUUCCAGUUCUGAAGAACCAUCGAAUGCUUUGAAAGGACAAGAUAUAACAGCCGGUAAAGAAGAUGAUGCAAAUGAUGCAUUAUUUUGUAGCCAUAUUGGCGGAUCAAAAGAAAUAAACACUCUUUCAACUCAGUUUACGCCAGAACAUAAUAAGAAGUUUUCUAGUCAUGACGAAAACGCAAAUAUUAUCUACCAAAAAGGAAAAGUGCCAAGUGAACACUCGAAUAAUUACUGUGAAUCAAAAAAUGGUGCAUGUCAAUCUAAAACAAAUAAUAUGAAGAGGAACAUGACAUACAUUAAAGAAGCAAGCCGCUGGAGAGAAAUGAAGCAGAUUAAGUUACUCGAUUUGCUGGCAGGAUUAGGUCUUGCGCUGUGCAUUUACAUAAGAGUGGACCUUAUUUUCAUCCCGCUGUUACUUUCAGCUGGCUUUUAUCAGCACAUUUUCAAACAUUUCGCAGAAAUUGUGAGCUUACUUAAACAUUAUUUGUUUGGUAUAGUGAUUGGUUCUUUAAUUGGUGGCUACUGUGAUUAUGUCACAUACGAAAGAUGGUUCUUUUCGCCAUAUCAGUGGUACAAAUUUAACGUACGGAAUAGUUUUGCUGGUGAAAUCUUUGGCGUAAACAGCGGCUUCUUUUAUCUGCUCAAACUAUAUCAGAAUGAACCCAUAGUGACACUGUCUUUCACAAUUAUUUUGAUUGAUAUUUUUGAUAUUACUCAUCGUUUGUUUACAUCAUCAAACAAACAUAGUCAAACAGCUAAGAAUCAAAGCUUUAUUAUAUUUAUGUUCCUUUUGCUAGCAUUUAGUUUAAACAGUCACAAGGAAUUGCGUUUAAUGCAUAACGGUAUCAUAUUUAUGUACAUUGCAGUUUCAUGUGCAAUAUGUUCGCUGCCUACGAGAUUUUCACGUAAUCAAAAUGGAUGCCAGUAUUCUAUUUAUAUUGUCUAUUUAUUUAUUGCUUUAUUUAUGUCUAGUCAUUGUUUCAAUUUUGUUAAUAUGAAAUUUGAAGACAGAGCAAAAUGGACUUAUGGUAAAAACACAGAUUCUCACGAAACUAAUAUAUGUUUAGACUUUAUCCGCCAGCAGAAAGAUGUGACUGGUGUUUUUAUGGACCGAUCUGUGCAUACAUCCGGGGCUUACUCCAUACUCCACCAUGACGUUCCAGUGUUUGCAUUAAACAUUUUUGAAUAUAUAGAAUACAGAAAAACUAUAACUCACCAUACAAAUGGUGCUGCUGUCUUGGAUUUAUUCUCCAGUGAAAAGAACGGAUUUUCAACUUUCACAAAUAUUUUUGACUUUAUAUCAGUCUAUAAUUCGCAAUAUCUCUACCUAAAGAUAAGACAAACUCCACAAUAUAACUUCCUUAUUCUAAAAACUAGCAGUAAUUUCAUUGACAUUGGGUAUGACGAAAUGUUUCAAGUUGGAAAUUCUAAAGUUUUUAAAAGAUCGUUCGACAGACAGAAGGAAAAGGAUCUAGCAAAUACAACGGACAAUAUAAGAAUCUUCUGGAAUGCAACGAUUCUGGAAUAUGAAGGCAGUUGGUUGAUACAUUAUGGAUUGUAUACAAAAGCUGAGCAGAGACUUUUAAUGUCUAACAGAAUAGAUCCAAGACGGAUUGGUACAUUUAGGACAUUGUUAAACAUGUACAGUAAAUUGAAACAGACAGAUGACUACAGCAGUGUACUGAAGGCAUGUGUAGAAUUAUACAGGAAAAACGAGUGUCUAAAACCUUAUACUCCGAUUGCGCUGCACCCCGGCUACUAUAGAAGAGUGUAAACCUCAAGUGCACAGAAAUUACGAAUCUUUUGUGAGAAUUUUUUGAGAAGUUUAAUUCUGAAAGGCUUUGGUAUUACAUUUGACUGCUGAUUUUCAAAUUUUUUUAUAGUUGAUUCUUAAAAUGUGAUAAAAGUGUGCUGCAAUGUGUUUCACUUUUACUUUUGUUUAAACAGUUUAUUGACACUAAACCAUCCGUAUUGC